AUGAGUGAGGUAUGGCAAGUUUUUAGCAAAGACGAUGGUGGACUUAAAGUGAAAUGCUCAAUAUGUAAAAAGAAAUAUGCAAAUCCAGGAUCAAGUACAACGAACAUGUGGAACCAUUUAAAAUUUAAGCACAAGCCAAAAUUUAUUGAACUUGAUCGAAUUCGAAUGGGAUUAUCAGGAAGUGCAUUUAAUCAAGACGUUUCCAAUGUUUCCAUAGACGAAGAUGAGUCUGAGAUGGAGGAAUCAAAUUCAUUAAUAUCACAACCUUCUACUUCAAAUUAUGAACCACAAUUAGGUCAAUCAGAUUCAACCGAUGCAUGUAUUUAUCCGUCUCCUAUUACUGACACCUCAUCAAUAGCCAUUGUUCACAAAACAAAUUCAACACUAACUAAACAAAUGAAAAUGACACAAUUCACUCUGAAUAAAAGUGCAAAAAAAAAAAUUGAUAAUGCACUUGCCUAUUUCAUUGCAACAAAUAUGAUGCCGUACAGUUUAGUGGAAAAGGAGGGAUUCAAACUAUUUGUGAAUGCGUUAAAUCCUAGCUACAAGCUACCAGGUCGAAAAACUCUUACAGAAUCCCGAAUACCGUCUAUGUAUAGUGAAACACGUAACAUUAUAGGAAACAUAAUUAGGAGCGCCGAUGUUUUUACUUUCACCACGGACUGCUGGACUUCAAGUUCAAACCAACCGUUUAUUGGUCUCACGUGUCAUUUUAUCAACGCUAAUUUCAAAUUAACUUCAGCCUGUUUGGGUUGCAUUGAACUGUCGGAAGACCACACUGGGGAGAAUAUAGCCGAUGUAGUUCAAAUGUUGUUUUUAGAUUAUGAGAUACCGGAUAGGAAAAUAUGUUCGAUAGUGACUGAUUAUGGAUCUAAUAUGCUAAAGGCUGUACGCAAUUUAAAUAUACCACAUGUAGCUUGUUUUGGCCAUGCUCUUAACACGGCAGUUUCACGCAUCUUUAAUAUGGACGAGAUAAAAGAUGUAGUCCAUAAAGUCAAAUUAAUCCAUAAUAUAUUUGCCCAUAGUUGGAAGGCAGUUCGAGAAAUGGGAAAAGUUCAGGAAAAAUUUAGCUUGCCAAAUAAAAAAUUUCCAUCUUACUCUAAAACGCGUUGGUGGUCAAUGUUGGAAUUAAUUAAUGUUAUUAUUGAACAAGAACUUGGACUCACAAGUUUCCUACGAACAUAUAAAAAUGGUGGAUAUAAAAAUUUAGCUCUUCAAGAAUCAGACAUUAUCGUAUUAAAAAACCUAAGUUGUAUUAUACAGCCAAUCCGGGAAAUAACUGAUAAUUUAGCUGGCGAUUCAUACGUCACGGGCUCGGCUAUACUACCAGUUAUUUCUUCGCUUAAAUCAAAACUAUCUCAAAUAACACAACUAAAUGAAAGUGAUGAUACGGACAUCAACGGAGGACAAAUUAAAAACAUGUAUACAACUAUUAUUGAGGUGCUAGAUCAACGCUAUCAAGAUAACAAAUUACUGAUUAUGUGUACCGUAUUGGAUCCUAGGUUCAAAAUCGAGUACAUUGAGUAUGAUAAUUUAUCGGCUUUGAAGAAAACCAUCGCUGAAUUUUGUGAAACAACAUACGAGAGUAUCGAAAGUGAUGGUUACGUCAACAAUAUUUCUAAUCAACUGGCAUCACAAAAAAAACCAAAAACUGGGUUGUCUGUAAUUUUUGGUACUCCUGAAAAUAAUAAUAUGGAUAAUUUUCAAGAAGUUCCAUUAAGCCAAAAAAUAAAAAAUGAAUUGGACUUGUACAUUAACAAUCCAAAAAUUGGUGUUGAACAAGAUCCACUAGAUUGGUGGAACAUAAACAAGACAACUUACCCUAUUAUAUUCGUUUCAGCAAAAAAAGUUAUGACCGUUCAAGCUACAAGCGUAGCGUCUGAACGUAUUUUUAGUAAAGGUGGAUGUAUAUUAACUGAUCAUAGAUCAUCGUUAACUAACGAACAUGCCAGCCAGCUUAUUUUUUUAACUAUGAAUAAGGACUAUAUAGAUAAACCAGUAUUUUAA